AUGGGAGGCAAACGGCGCAAGCUUCAGCUGAAGCGAGAAAGGGCCGGUGGCAAAGGCGGCGGGCCCAAGAUCCCGACGCCGCGCGGCUUUAUCCCCAACCGGCACUCGGACAAGCCUCUGGCUGCCGCAGGCCCAGGGAGCGGCGGCGUCGGCUUCCAGCAGCCGCAGAGCCGCAAGACGAGCAAGAAGACGCAGGAACAGCGGGAGCGGCAGCUGCAGCGCAACCAGGAGAACCCGACGAUUCCGUUUGACGCCGCCGACGACCGCAUCCUGCUGGUCGGCGAAGGGGACCUGAGCUUCGCGGCGUCGCUCGUCCACCACCACCGCUGCCGGCACGUCACGGCGACGGUGCUGGACCGCGACCACGCCGAGCUCGUGGCCAAGUACCCAUCUGCAGACGCCAACAUUGCCAUUUUCCACGGCGAGAAGAAGCCAGACGCAAAGAAGGUGGCGGACGCAGAGGACAAGGACGGUGACGACGACGACGACGACGACGACGAGGCGCCGAAAGCAACGGCAGCAUCUGACGACUCUGAAAGCGACAGCGACGCCGACUACGACAGCUACGGCAACCGCCACCCGCGCCCUCCGCCGACCAACCGCCUUCUCUACAACACUGACGCCACCAAGCUGCCCCCCUCCCUCGGCAAGCCCCAUCCCUUUGACCGCAUCCUCUUCAACUUCCCGCACGUCGGCGGCAAGUCGACCGACGUCAACCGCCAGGUGCGCUACAACCAGGAGCUGCUCGUCGCCUUCUUCCAGCGCGCGGUGCCGCUCCUCGCGCCCGGCGGCAGCAUCGUCGUCACGCUCUUCGACGGCGAGCCGUACACGCUGUGGAACGUCAAGGACCUGGCGCGCCACGUCGGCCUGCAGGCCGACGCCAGCUUCCGCUUCCUGGCGCGCGCGUACCCGGGGUACCGCCACGCGCGGACCAUUGGCGUGAUUCGGAGCAAGAAGGGCGCCGGUGCGGAGGGCGGCGCGUGGAGGGGCGAGGAUCGGCCGGCGAGGAGCUACGUGUUUGUGAAAAAGGGCGACGUGCUGAGGAAGCCAAAGAAUCAGCAGCAGCCGGUGAAGAAGCGCAAGAGGAGCGGUAGUGAUGACGAGGCGGACUCGAGUGAGGAUGAUCUGGACGAUUAG